AUGAUCAUCCGAAAUGCCACCCCAGAAGACCUUAUCAACAUGCAAAAUUGUAAUCUACUAUGUUUACCAGAAAAUUAUCAAUUGAAAUAUUAUUUCUACCAUGGCUUGUCAUGGCCACAAUUGUCCUACGUUGCCGAAGAUGAUAGUGGAAAGAUUGUUGGCUAUGUUCUAGCAAAAAUGGAAGAUGAUGGUGAAGACAGCAUACCGCAUGGUCACAUCACUUCACUUGCUGUACGACGAACUCAUCGUCGUCUUGGUUUAGCUCAAAAAUUAAUGGAACAAGCAAGUCGUGCGAUGGUGGAAAACUUCAAUGCGAAAUACGUUUCUCUACAUGUUCGUGUCAGCAAUCGAGCUGCGUUACAUCUUUAUCAAAACGCGCUUGGCUUUACAAUUCAUGAUCGUGAUCCGCGUUAUUAUGCCGAUGGUGAAGAUGCUUUUUCCAUGAGACGUGAACUUAUACCAGCGGCAAAAGCAUAA